UUCACGUUUCAGCGCUCAACUCCGACACAAUACAGCCGCGAGCUACAGUUCGCCGACACCGGUCGCCACCAGUCGCCCCGCGGCCACCGAACGAGGACACCGCUACCCGUUAAUCAUGAAGGUCCACCUGCUGUUGCUGGCCUUGCUGGUCGCAGCCCUCUGCACCGUCGACGCGCAGCAGAAACACCGUAGACGUCACAAGCGUCUCCGAACAACGACGACAACCACCGUGGCUCCCGCGGUGGAGGAGGAGCACCGCGGCGAUGCUGAAGACAGGGAGGACUCCGAGGCCGACCACCUCGAGAUGGGCAUGAUAGAGCGGGAGGACGAGAGGCGGUACCAGGAAGCACAGCGUAAACGUCUGAAUGAGAUCGGAGCAGACAUCAAUGAUGUAUUCCCUGAUGGCGCCGAUCCGUGCCUGAAGGUCCACUGCAGCGCCGGCCGCGUGUGCGAGAUCGACGAGCACGGCGAGGCCGUCUGCAACUGCAUCAAGGAGUGCCCGGACGAGACCGACCUGCGCCGCAAGGUGUGCACCAACCACAACGAGACCUGGCCCUCCGACUGCGAAGUCUACCAGCAGCGCUGCCUCUGUCUGGACGGCUCGGACGCCUGCAAGGGCCCCGAGUUCCACCAUCUUCAGAUCGAGUACUACGGAGAGUGCCGCGAGAUGCCAGAAUGCACAGAAAGCGAGAUGGCGGACUUCCCCCGGCGCAUGCGCGACUGGCUGUUCAACAUUAUGCGCGACCUCGCUGAGCGUCGCGAGCUCUCUGCUCACUUCCAAAAGAUGGAACGCGAGGCCGAAGCCAACCUCACUAGGAGAUGGACCAACGCUGCUAUCUGGAAGUGGUGUGACCUUGACGCCCAUGACAACGACAGAUUCGUGUCCAAGCACGAGCUGUUCCCGAUCCGCGCCCCGCUGAUGGCCCUGGAGCACUGCAUCGCGCCCUUCCUGGAGCUGUGCGACGCGGACCGCGACCACCGCAUCACGCUCGCCGAGUGGGGCAAGUGCCUGGAGCUCGACGAGACGGAGCUUGAAGAUCGCUGCGACGAAUUCAUCGGCGACGGCGAAAGCGGCGAGGAGUCUUAAACACUCUUCUCAACACUGCCGUGGACUAAAUACUACGACACCACGUCGCUAAACGUACUAAUCCAUUACCGCAUCGCACCGAGGUCAUCCACAUACUAUCCUAUAAGUUAGAGCGAGAAAGAAUUAUUUGUUUCUCUAACUUACAUAAAAAAAUUCAAGGUCGAUGUAUAUGGUGCGGUUGUUUAUUAGCCAAAACUGUCACUUUGUCACUUAUCCGGUCUCAGCCAAUCACCACUCAGCAUUAGCGUUGUGAAACUUUUGAAUGUGUGCGUGUGGGCGCGAAUCAGAGUGUUAUUGAGUCACAGUUGUCAUGGCGACGUCAUGUCUGUGGUAUAAGUCCAUAAACACUGCCAUAUACUUAAAUAAGUUAAAAUCUCAACAGCAAUGCACAUCAGUGGAAAACUUUUUUUUGUUAGAAAAAGUUUUCAAACCUAAUAAAAGUAAUAAAUAAUGAAAUAAAUUCUGAGACCUUUACUUCGAAUAGUUUUAAAACGUAGAGAACAUAAUCUCAGUGCAUUGCUAUUAAAACUAACCUUAGUUCUUAUCUCUUAAAGCACCCUAGGUUACUGUACAGUUCAUUUAAGAAUACUCGAGAGCAUUUGUCUUUAUUUUAUAAUACAAUUAAUAUACUGUGAUGCCACAACCAAAAAGGUUAAGAUUUUUUUAUUAAUAAACUUAAAACUACA